GGUCAUUCUUUGUUUUGUUAUUUUGACAAACCCUUGCGAAUCGAAGCCGCCUCUCUGAAGUCGCUGACGGAGGCCGGAGAGAGAUAGAGAGAGGUUAAUCGGAGACACUACCAUGGCGAAGCGAGAGCUAUCCUCUACUCUCAAGAACUUAAAGUUCAUGCAAAGGGCGUCCCAGAAAGAUGAGAAAAUCAAGAAAGAAGAAGAGCCCGUGCCUGCAUCUGAUUUCCCUGCCUGCACCCCUGUUAAAAGAUGCGUCGUUAUAGUUGAAGGUGAUCCACAUCCAGGGGCAACAAGAGGUCGCAUGUCGUUUCUAAGUUUUAAUCCAUCUAUUGAUAAACUCAAUGAGGAAGUGUCUCCCCCUAGUGAAACUGAAUCAGCUGCUACAAGUUCCGGUGGGCAAAAUGAAUUGAUCAGAGAAAAUGGGUCCCCUCAGGAUAGGUCAGAAGACUUGGGAUUAGAAUCUUCAAGCAAUGAUUGGAAUAGCAACCAUAAGAGGAGGCAACACGAUGCUGGUGCAGAAGCAGAGACUCCAAACAAGUCAAGGAAGGGCGAUCAAGAUAGCCAAGAUCCAAACUCAGCUAGAAGCCGUGGUUCUCACAAACAAAAUAAGCGUGAAAAGCUGGAUUGGAGUGUUCUUCGGCCUCCCAAGUAUCAAAGCAAGAAGAGGUAAGUGUUUGCAAUAGAUUUCUGAGUAUUUUUUUUGGCACCUAAGUUGCCUUCCGCAGUUGACUCUGUUGUAUCGCAUUGUUCGUUGUUGUAUCCAAAGUUUUGUCCUAGAGUUGAGAUAGGAUAAAUGUAUCUCUCUCUUAAUUUGCUAAUACACGUGCUACGGCCUAUGUUUCUUUAUCAA